UUCUCGACUGUGUUUUGAACCUGUGAAAUUAUUGUCGAUUGUAAUCUUCAUUUAUUUUUGAACUAAUUUUUCCGAAAUGAUUUUUGACUGCUAUAUUUGAUGAAAUACUUAAUGAAACGUAGUCCUGCUUUGAAAUGCCAAAUUUGAAAUUAAUUGCUGUAUAAAAUUAAAUGUCGAAAUAUGGCUUGCUAACGUCAAGGCACAAUGAAUACAAUGACACGAAUUUAAAUUAUGCUCAGACGACCAGGAAAAAACAGGACGAAGUCGAAACUGUAUUAGAUGAACUUUGGUGGGCGAAAAACAGCUGAACUUGAGUGAGACGCUUUUUAACAAGAGGGAAACAAACAUUGUCAGUAAAGAAACAAACUGUGUCGUAAAAAUCCUCUUCAAACUGACAGUCAAAGUUCAACGACGUUUCUAAAAGCAAUGCAAUGUUUCGAGAGGAAAAGGUAGUGUCUUUUGGUCGUUUGAAUAAUUUACAGAACAAACUUCUACCUGCAGAUAAACAAACUGCGGUACGAGCAAAUAUGUACAAUACAAACUCUAGCGCUGUGUCACGCGUGGCUAGGGCAGACAGACUAUCUUCUCAUAUAGAUGAUCGCUCUGACCGAAGACUACGUGUGAAAGACUUACGUGAUCUGUUCGAUUCAGGGAAUUCGGAACAGAAAGCGGUAAAUCUUAAGAAAAGAGAGUUUGGUGGUGUGGGCAAUGUGCACUCGACGAUAAGCAAUACUGAUCACCUUGCGUCAAGAGACACUUUCGCCACCGACAAGGAAACUGUAAAAACAAAGACGGCCAUAGGUUACGAAGGAAGCAAACAUGGAGAUAUUGAUAGUAAUGCCAGCUAUGUCGUUGACCACGGAUCAAUAACAAAUUCUACUGGCUUCGUUAAUAGAACUAGAGUGCACACAGCCCCUGUGCAGUCGACAAAUUCAAAUGGGGAUGCUAUCAGUGACAGAGAACAAUCUCUUCAAGGCAUCAAGCUAAGUCGUGAGGAAGCCAAACAUGCAUGGAGAUUAAGUCUUCGAGCUGUACCAAAAGAAAGUUCUAGUGAGGAUGACUCAAGCAAUGACUCUAGCAGUGAAAAUAAUUUGGAUGAUUCACAUCAUCAAAUUAGUGACGAGAAAGUUAUUAAAAUGCUUCAGAAAUACCAUGCAACUGAGGAGCUGAAGAAAAUGUUUGAUGGACCAGAAGCAUUUCGUGAAACCACAAAGAGACAGUCAAUACAUGCAGCUAAUGAUACUAGAGAUAACUAUACCAAAACAGUUGAGAAUGGGCCCUCUUUAAUGUCAACUGCAGAGUAUGAUGAAAAAACGCAAUCAUCUGAAGAAGGUUCUGUAAAAGAUGAGAAAGAACAAGAUGGUAUCUCUCAAGAGAAUGCCACCAAUGAAUCUAUCAUAAAUCAUCAUUUGGCACCAGAAGAUGCCAUGAAUGUUUCUCACUUUCUUGCUAGUCCAACUACUCCACGUCGCAAUGUCACUUCCAAUGGCACAGAAACGACAACAGAAGAUUCUCAAGUAAAUGUCAGCAGCCAUCAAGCUGAUAAUUACUUAUCUUUGUACAAUAACUUUUUAAAACAAGAGGGUGUUACCUCAGAAGUGAAUACUCCCCAACAAAAGAUGACUCCCCGCUAUAUCAGGGAGACAUUUCGACCACCAAUGUACUCAACAGAUAGUGAGGGGGAUUUAAAUAGUGAGAAACAAACAGACCAUGAAGAAAUGAAAACAAAAGUGAGCAAUGAGAAGUUGUUGCCUAGAGACAAUAGCAUUGAUGAUUUAAUGCCUAAGGAUUAUGAUGAUGAAACUCAAGAUGAUCAAGCUCCGGAAUCCUCUUAUGAUGACAGUGAUGUUGGUAGUAUGACCACUCCAGAACAUCAGUCAGACUUUCAGUUUAAUUAUUCCGUCAAUCAUUCAAAUGACCUUGACAGUGAGACAGAGGCGACAAUGGCCCCAAAGAAACGUGGAGUUAGAUUUUCUGAUAGCCCACACACAGUAUUUGAGGUUGAUCAUCCUCUAGACUAUGAUAGAGGCAAUGAUGAUAUUGAUCCUGUUAGUUCAUCUGCCGAGUGGGAGUUGGAAAAACGAGUUGAAAAAAUGGACAUUUUCUCUGUUGAUUUGGAUAAAGGAGAUCAGCGUGGGCUGGGUUUAAGCAUUGUUGGUCUUGGUGUCGGAACUGAUUCUGGUGUUGAAAAGCUGGGAAUUUUUGUCAAAUCUCUCACAUCAGGAGGUGCUGCUGAAGCAGAUGGAAGAAUCGAGGUGAAUGAUCAGAUUUUGGAAGUCGAUGAUGUUUCUCUCGUUGGUGUUUCACAAAUGUUUGCAGCUCGAACAUUGAAGAACACCAAAGGAACAGUGAAGUUUUUAAUGGGCCGAGAAAAGGGGCGUCAUGUAAAUAAGGUUGAUGACGAAAAAUACAAAAUGAAAUGCGAGGAAAUUGAGCUGGAGUUGAAUGAGGCCAGACAAAGAAUUCGUGAACUUGAGGCUGAGAAACUUGUCAACAAGGUGACAGAAAAUACGUCAUUGGAUGAAAGUGAUACAAAUACUUCCACGCUUGAAUUGAGGUUGUUCAAAGCAGAGGAGAGUCUAGCUGUUGCCGAACGUGAACAUAAUGAUCUUGUGAAACAGUUAGAGGAAAGCAAAAGACUAUAUGCUAAUGUUCAGAAGAAGAACGCCUCUUUAAAAGAUGAACUGAUAAGGAAAAACAAUUUAGAGUUGGAAAAUGAGAAGACGAUAAAACGACUCCAAGAAAGGAUAAGACAACUUGAAGCGUCUUUCAACAAUCAAAGCGACCGGAAAAUGAGUCGAAGCCAAGGCAACAAGGAUGAUAGCAGUAUAUUUGAUCAAUAUAUUCGACCGUCCCACUCGGAAUUAGAGGCAAGUAAUAGUCAUGAGAGCGAAAGCGACAUGGACGAAAUUGUGAAGGCUACAGCAUCGGCUCAGGUGCCUAUGAGGCAAGCUAGGGAUGGUAGACCAGCGUUGUCACGUGACCACCCACAGCGUCUUAGUCUUGAUUUGGAUCGGGAGAAAGAGGCUGAGAUAAAGAGCAAAUCUCUCGACGAUCUAAUGGAGAAAGUUCGGGAAUAUGCAGAAGAUUCUGAGCAGGAAUCCAGACGACCAGGACGACCGCUGACCAGUUAUUACGCUGACAAAGACGAGCCAGACACGUCUUCCAGAGUACAACCGCUGGCUAUGUUGUCGGAUGAUCGCAGACACAAAGAAGGACAAAAUGGCUUAUCUCGCAACAAAAACCUAAAAAUUAUGAGAGAAGACUCCAGAUCCAGAUCUUUAGACAAUCUGAGUGGUAGCUCUUCAAAUGAUUUAAAUGUGAAGUCUCUUGCUUCGUCGAUGGCUAAUCGAAUUCCAAUGAAUCAUCCACGAACUAAAUCUUCGAAUCAAGUACUAUCCAGUGGCUCAAGUUUGGAUGGUAUGAACGAAAAUGAUUCCCUGAUGAUGGCCAGUUCUGGCUCUCUUCAGGAUGAAACAAAAUCUCCUAUGGCGGAGUGGAAGAGCCUACCGCUGACCCAUUGGAAUGCACAACAUGUAAGCAAUUGGCUUAUUUUCAUCGAAUUAGGAGAAUAUUGUGAUCUGUUUACCUCGAAUGGCAUAAAUGGAAAUGGCCUGCUAACGAUGGACACUGCACAAAUUAAGACUCUCGGUGUACAACCUAAACACCAGAAGAUCUUGAAGAAGAAGCUUAAAGAAUUGCGAGGCGAAAUGGAGAAACAAGAGAAACAAAGAAUAAAGGACCACAAAAAGGACGCGAGGAAGCCAAAGAAAGGACCAUUUUGGAAAGGAAAGUACGAUUUAUCAAAUCAGCAAUAAAUAUAUUCAUCGAUCUGCACUUAUGAAGUAUGCUCGACACAAAAUACUACACGAGCUUACUCGAAGGUAACACAGAACAACUUAUUUUAACACUGAUGCAAUCGGCACGAUGUAAACCAAAAUAUUUUCGCAAUUCUCCGUCAUUUGGUGACUGCCAUCAAAUGAUUGACAUAAAUAAUUAAUUCUCUAUGCUGUUUGUUUUAAUAUAAUAUAUUCAAUUUUAAUUCCAAGUGGAAGUCAAUGUUUGAGGCAAGUAUUGUGUCGCCUCGAUCCUAUUUUAUAACACCGAUAAUUUAUGUAAGUUAUUACGAAGUAGUUUGUAAUAAACAUAUUUUUUUAUUUA